AUGGCAGGAGUAGAUCAACAACCCAACCCAUACGCACAAGGGUAUACGUCAGGGACCCCAGCAGUCCCCAGUCUCCGAGAGAUGAGCGCGGAAGAAGUCGCAUUCCAGACCAUUCUCUCUGAAUUUAAGAAGGCAUGGCGCGGGACAGGCGUCUCUGUGAUGAAAAUGGUGGAGAUAUCUUCUCCCGUGAACGCAAUUUACAAGUACGAUGGCUAUCGGUAA